AGCAAGUCAGCUCCAGGUGCGCCCGUCAGUGACGUCACUACAUUCACGCUAGCUACGAUGGAAUGAACAUCAAGCGGCCGAGAAACAUAUUGGAGCGAACCGUCAAAAUAUACAGUCAAGUAUAGCGGUUCGAACGUUGAAAUUUAACAAGUGCCGAAUGGAAUAAUCCAGUUUGUUAGUGGUUUGCUAUGUUUUUUGUGUAUCAGUGAUAACGACCUGGCUUUAAUAUGAAUAUAGACGACAUUUUAAACUCUAGUGGAGACGAGGAUCAUGUAGGGAUCGGAAAUAUGGAUGUCUCGCUUAAUUACGAAAACCCAGAACUUAUGUCCUCAGAUUUCUUUGACUCUGUGCUAUCAUUGGAAAACAAUUUGGACGAAGGCUUUUUCCCAAACUUCGAGGAUGACGUUAAUUUGUCAAGUGACUCAAGCUCGCACAUGGAUGAAGUUUUAUCGCCGCAAAGUCUUUAUUCGGAAAGUGAAAAAUCCAGCACCUCCACAGAUAUACUGGAAGACCAAGGUUCAAUGAUCAACGGACUAGACACCUUCGAAGACCCGAUUUUAAUGUCAUUUAUGGAACCGAUCAACAACAAAACCAGUAAAAAUAAACCGACGAAAAUCCUGAUCCAAAAUCCAAACAACAAAAAGUCGAUAUCGAAACCGAUCUUGCAGAAUGCGCAGAUUAAAAAAGGUCCCAAAUCAAAGCCGCAAAUUUUGAAGGUACAUUCGAUGUCCAACAACGGCCGCCCCGUGCUUCUGCCUUUGAGUGUCAAAAGCAUCAAAAUUUUGAAUUCGAACGCAGACGUCACUAGCUUGACAAACAGCCUGAAGAGACGCAAAGUCGAAACACACACCAUACAGUCGGUUGAAGAUGAUGACACAAACGUAGUAUCGUCAACAAAUAACCAAUAUCCCGCCCUUUCAUUGACAAAUGAGGAAAAACGGCUUCUUGCCAAGGAAGGAAUUCAAUUGCCUACACACCACCCGCUUACCAAAAACGAGGAAAGGGAACUGAAAAGAAUCCGGAGAAAAAUCAGAAACAAAAUUUCAGCACAAGACUCCAGGAAACGCAAAAAGGAAUACGUCGACGGACUUGAAGAAAGGGUAAAAAGAGGCUCGGAAGAAAACAAAAACCUCUUGCAGAGAGUGAAAGAGUUGCAACGGCAAAACAAAAAUCUUAUAGCGCACGUGAGCAGGCUGCAAGCGUUGAUUUGCAAGUCGACCGGUUCCAAGGCCACGCCGUCUACCUGCCUUAUGGUGGUGCUUUUGUCCGCGCUGUUGGUAUCCCUGCCGAACAUGAGGUUGUUCGAGAAGCAACAACUGUCCACUGAACAAGAGCAGGUGGCGAUCAGGAGAUCUCUUUUGUCGUCUCCCAUUGCGGAAGACGAAAACAUCAACAUGGAGGAGUUUCUCUUGUUCAAGGACGAGGAUAACGAAUUCGAGGCCAAAUUCGGCGAGGAUGUCAUCGAUAUCGAUAACGCCACAGAGAAGGAAGUGUCGAAAUUCCUCGAGGAGAUGGGGAAGAAAUACGAGGGGGCUUCGGAGAAGAACAGCUCCGAGAAGAUGAGCAUGUUCAAUAAGGUGGUGGAAACGGUGAAGAACUUCUUGGACAAAGACAAGAGCUUGUUCGGGAAGUCUUCGGACUACGGUGGAAGCUUUUCGAACAAGCAGGGAUUCAUCGAGCCGGAAAUUGACGAUUAUGCCGUGAAAGAGGAGCCGCCUUCGAAGAGAAUCAAACUCAACUCGGAUGCUAGUAACGUGGUGACGGUUCACGCGAACUACAACACCAUAACCGAUACAAAGGAUAAAUAAUUUAAUUUUCUUGCAAUAAUUUUUUUAACCGUUCUACGACCAUUUUGUUUCGUUUUUUAUCUGUAGAUGGGUGAGUCUAUGUGUUAAAUUAUAAAUUGUUUCUGUAUUAUUUAAAUUUUAAAUUUAAAACCCUUCAAUCUUGCAUUCCAAUUAUAUUAUUUUUUCAUCAACUCUAGUUGUAGCAAUGUAAGAAACAUUUAUUUUCCUAUAAUUACUUACAGCUUUUCUUGCAAUUUUUUAAUAGACUGUACAUUUUUGAGAUUUUUUAGUAUUGCUAUUGUUUAGGUAUAAUUAAUAUAACACUUCAAUUGUUUUGCAAAAUCGAUUUUUAUGAUGGGCUUGUUGGCUCCAACAAUUUUGUGAUAAAAUUACUUUAAAACUUGUUUCUUUAUACACUACUACUUUAUAAUAAGGCUCUAGUGUACUUUUCAGUGCAAAUUUGUGUAGAUAUGAAUAUACUUAGAAAAAUAUUUUUAUUGUUUGUCAUAUCUAAUAUAUAUUGAUUAUAUAA